GUGGAGGCCCGCCUCUCCCCCGUGGCUCCCCUUCACCCUUCUCUCUUACCUAUCCCCGCCCCAGCAAUGACAAGCUGCCCAUCCACACCACCUUUCUGGGCGAGUUUCGAUGCCGUGCCGCUGCUUCCUCUACUUUGGCCCCAAGCAGCCAUUUGCGGCUCCGGCUCGAAUGUGCAGUUUUCGUGUCGAGCCCGAGCUUGAACCCGUGACGCCCCAACUUGAAUCCUCGGUCCCCAGUUGACGUACGUUCCAGUUCGGAAUGGCACCAUGGAAGCGCACAUAAAGCGGUGCAUCCCGUCUUCGUCGCUCGACGCAGCCUCACUUUUACCACAUACACACGCACGCACACACGACACACACACACACGACACACACACACACGACACACGCGCCAUAUGCGCGUCCUCACCGUCAAAACAGGCUCUCCACUGCCGUCUUCUCGAUUCGUCCCUCGUGCGUUCCCAACCACAAACCGGACGAGGGUCCGCCAAGGAGUGAGUGGCAAAGGUACUCGGCGUUCCUUGCAACGCCUUACAUGCGUUUCAACCAUACGGAGGACAAACAACCCAGCUGUAUACAUCAGACACGUACAUAUACUCGCCCGAUACGCCGGUCCAGACUCCGCCUCCGUGCCUGCGUGUGUACGUAGCAAAGACGCACCUACCGUACGUUGAGUGACAGGUAGGGCACGCAGGCAUAUUAUCUGUGUUUAUGCAGACGCGUGCUGCAGCACAGCAGGCAGUCUCUCCUUGACUGCAUUGAUCGACCGGCUCGCGCAGACGAGCCACUCAAGGCCAGAAGGGCCACAAAGGCCCACAGGCUGGUAGGCAACAGCAGUCUCUGUCUCGCCACCGGCCGCGCCAGCCAGGUAGGAAGGACAACGCGAGAAGCAAGGCAUCGCCGUCCGACCGGGCCUAGUGUUGUGCCUCCCGUCGUCCGGGUGCUCGCGCGCCGCAAGGGAGGGCGCCACACGAUCCCGUCCCGCCGGCCCGUCGAAAAGGUAUUCUCCGCUGCCGUGCUCCCAGCCCGUGUCGCAGCUCCUUCCCGCCUCCCGCCCUCUCCGUCCGCGCGCGUCUGUCCAGGCCCCUGCCCGAGUCUGCAGUGAUGGGCGAACCGGGUGGCAUGGUGAUGACGGCAGCGGGAGCCACGAUUCGCUCCCGAUGCUGUGCCUGUGCAAGCUCAAGCAGCAGAAGCAGCUGCCACGACAACAAUGUUGGUGGUCGGGCGCCUCCGCCACCACGCGUCUCCGCUCAGGAUAUAUUGGACAUGGUUCGGCGGGCCGUGCCCAUGGACCCCCGUGAUCAUUCGAAACUUCAAUUCUUCUCUGCGAGGCUCGAAGAGAGACUACGACGACUACUCACAAUGGCCUCGAACACGAGUAACGAACCUGGGAUGGGGCCGACCAAGAAGCAGGUAGAGGAGGUGGUCAGGGCCGUUUUCCAAGAAAGUAGGAGCAAUGACACGGACCGGAAGAGAGACCCAGAAUGGGUCGACCAGCUGGUGGAUUUUGUGCAAAUGAGGCUAAGCCUCAAGAACGACACCUCACCAAACCCAUCUCAGCCGCCGACUCCCACGGACUCGACCUGCACUUCGAGCACCGUGUCGACGCCGCGUUCCGAGUUCAGCGACUCCCCGGAUUUCAUCUCGGCAAAGCCGUACCAGGCCACAGUCGAAGAUGCCCCGGAGGAGUGCUCGGUCAAUGACGCCGAAAGCUCAGCCGAUGACGACGACAGCACCACCACCAUCGCCUCUGGGCAGGGCGUCAAGCCGACAGCCAACUCGUGCCGGCGUCGCCCAACCCCUGGGCCGUUUGCACAACGACCUUUGCCCAAAAAGCCGCAGGGGGUCGACUGCCCCAAAGUUGCAGACGUGUUGCCCGGAGUGAUGCCAUCAACGCGAAAGGAAGAAGAGAACCCCUCACAUAAGCCUGCUGCUGAGCCUCCCAGCCCUCGGCGCGGCUAUCUCACCCCGCCGUCGUCUAGGCCGUCGAGCCCAAAGCCCCGGCCGACGGUCCACUUUUCCGACCGGCCCAUGCCGAAGCUCCACCACCGGGACCCGCCCCGUGCGGAUCCGGCUCCGGAGGCGACGACAACACCGGCCGCUGCCGCUGCCGCCCCCGCCCAGGGCCUAUCGGACCUUGACCUCCAAUGGGGAAGGCUGUUCACUGGCAGUGGCGAGCCGACGGUUCGGCUGCGUCAAAUCCUCUACGGCCUGGCCAAUUACAUUAACGACGAGUUUGAGCCACGAGGUUCUACACUCAUCACUCCAGACAAGCUCUACUCAUUCUACCGGCGCUUUCGCCUCGAGAAGGAGCUCUACCCAUUUCAACGCAUCUUUGACACUUACUCCCGCAAGUCACUCCACAGCCUCAAGUGCCUCUACCAGGACCUCCGCUGUGAUUACUAUCUCAUCCACGGCAGCGGCCAUCCGCGGGACCGAGCGCAGCCGCCCAUCCCGGGCCUUACGGCUGACGGGUUCGCCGACUGGAUGGCCAACUUUAUGCAGGCCACGCCUGACAUUGAGGCACGCCGGCUUUCUCGCGUAGCCGCCAGCCUGCCCAUUGAAGUUCCGUUUGUCGGAGGCGCCAGGUCCAGCCGUCAUCACCCUCCAGAAAGACUCCCGCGGCAGCUGUCGCGCCACCUGUUCCCCUCGCGUCCACAUGAGCGGCUACGGCAGCGCGUCUCCAACUCGGUCAUGGAAUGGGACCAGGCCAUGCAGGGGUAUGCCGAUCCGUCGUCACCGUCGUCACCGUCGUCGCGCACCUCGCCGUCGUGGACGGCGGCCUUCUGCGAUGCCAUCGCCCGCAGCCUCAGCCCGUCGUCACGCGACUACGCUGAUAGUGGCGGUGGCAGCGGACAUCGGCGGAGGUACAAUUACCCACGCUCGGAGCGGCCUGUGUACGUCGAGGUCCCGUCGAGCACCGGCGGUGGGCACCACCACUCGUCGGCGCGCGGGCGACCCAGUGCCGGAAGGUCGUCGCGAUAUCACCAGGCUUCUUCAGGGGGUGACGACCGCGACGACGAUCGCAAACGCCCGUCGCGCGACAUCAUAACUACAUACGUCGAGGCUGAGCCAUCUUCGCGGCGUAGGAACGACAGGUCGCCGCACGGCCACCGCGACACGCACAUGCGGGACCGCGGUCGCAGCCUCGUGCUUCACCCGCAGGAGUCGUACCGCUACGUGGAGCCGAGCGCUGCCGUCCCCCCUCAGCUUCCCCCGCCUCCUCCUUCUGCCCUUCCCGCUGCACCGGCCACUUCCUGCGCACCCACAGCAUACUGUGCUGCCCUGCCGCCGCCGCCUCCUCCUGUGGGCGUGUCGUCCCCGACGCUCAACCGCGCGGACAACUACGCGCUCUUUCAGGGGCGGCGCGAGUCGGGCCCGGGACCAACGUACGAGGAGUUUCUGCGGGAGAGGGACACGGCGGCCCACUCGCGGCGUCCACGAUACGGAGGCUGAGGCCCCCCGGAUGGCGGGGCCAUGUGUAGGACGUGUAGAUUACCGCGAUGGCAAGCAUUUUGCAGAUGCAGAUUAAUUACGGGAGAUUUCAUACGGCUAUUGUCAUGGGCACAAGGAUAAUUCGCCAGACCAGGCCACAUAGGAACGAGGGCAUCUGGCGCAAGGCGUGGUAGUGACUUGACCAUGGUGUCCGGGACAUGUACCUACAGGCCAGAUUGAGCAUCACGCAUUGAUUGAUCCGAAAAAAAAGGGGAAGCUGGUUUUGGGGUUUGGAGACGGGGGCAGACUGCCACCGACAGAUAGAUAAGACCAAGUAAUAAUCCC